CACAACAAAGCCCUACAGAACACACAAGAAGAACACGCGUUGGGAAGACAUAGAAAGAUUUGGAGUGUGGUAUUUUUUCGUGUAGAGAGGGAGAGAGAGGAAGGGAGCGUUUUGGGCGUUUGAUCCGCCGCCAAGCGCCUCGAAUGCGAGCUCUAGCGGGCGCGAUCGUCCUCCGGCAGGGGGAAUUUGUGGCGCUCGCGCCGGCCGCUUCGAGGGCGUGCCUGUGAGGAACGCGCGCUGGCCGCCACGGCGGCGCCGUGCUCCUCGAGGGAUUGAGGCUUAGGUGCCGGGCGGGCGAGGAGAUAGGGGUGGGAAAUUCUUGGAAAGAAGUCAAGAAAGAAGGCAAAGAUCCGUCGUCUUGGCGGCGAAUUGGGGCAUCCAGGGUAGAUCUUGCGGCCUUGUUCCGGGGAUCGAUCUGCGGCGGUAGGGGCUAUUGGGAAAUCCGGGGCCUUCUUGCGGGGCGUGCGAGGAAUUGGGGGCGAAUUGGCCGCGUACGGUAGGGAAUUAUCGGCCUCCAAGAAGCGCAUUAUAAAUCCUCGCCUUUAAAUUUUUUAAAAUUGCUCGAGGAAACCCUUUAGAUCUGGGGUUUUUAUAUAUGGUAAGGUUUUGGGCUUUAGCGAGGUUUUAGAGAGGUAGUAGGAGCUGACACUUGUGCGCCGUGCCUGGACGAUAGAUAAAAGCGCCUUAGUUCCGUCGCGCGGUGUAUGUUUAUGGGAGCUCGGCGAAGGAUGGGAUCGGGAGUCCCGGGGUACAGUGGACCAGCGCUUCCUCGUUCUACUCGUUCCUCUACUCGGGGUCGAGCUGGAGGAUCCAGGAAAGUUGGUGUUCCUUUUGACUGGUUAGCCGAGGUUGCGGGGCUAGAGCUGUUACAGGGUAGCGAGGAGCAGAAGACUCAAAGGGAGGCGCUCAGGCAGCAAGUAAGCUCAGGUACUGGGGACGCUGCGGAAGCUGCUUCUAGCGUAGAAGAUAAGUUUAUUGUUAAAGACGGUCCAGUGCAGCCUCGGAAGCAGGAGGACGUUAAGUCUGAUAACGAAUCCGGAACGUCGUUCGCGCUAGUAGAAUCGGACAUCAGGAAGCUGCUCAACUUGCAGUGUCAGGUAAACCAGGCUUCUCACGAGGAGGAGAUGAAAGGGAAGAAUAAGGCUGAAGCAGCGGCGGCAGCGGCAGCAGCGGUAGCUCCGGUAGUUCCGGGCAAUCCAGAUGGCGUGGUAGUGACCGAUAAGCCAGUGAGUCACGUGAGUGCUGAGACUGGAAAUCAGGCAAAAGUGAAAGACGAGGAGUGCAGCUCGGAGUGCAUCAUGUCCGAGGAGGGUCUGGAAAAGCCACAGAAGAAUAGCAGGCGUUCACGGAAGAGGAAGAACGUGUCCAGGUCUUCUGGCUGGGGAGGCAAGCGCAACAAGCACGACGAGUUUUCUUCGCCAACCUCAGAUGAUGGCACUCACUAUAAAAGAACCGUGAAAGGAAAGAAACGGUUUAAGGGGGAUGUCCCGUUCAUCAUGCCACAUGAUUUGGAUGUUGACGGAGAUUGUGAGCCUCCUGCAGCAGCUGCUAAACUUCGUAGAGCCAAAGCAGCCAGUGUAGCAACGCCACCAGGAUCUCGAAAGACAGCUGACGGCCAUGUCAAAGUUAGCGUCAAGUCGUUCACCAUUCCAGAGCUCUAUGUAGAUAUUCCAGAGUCGGCCACGGUUGGAACUUUGAAGAGGGCUGUGAUGGAUGCAGCAAUGAAUUUACUUGGAGGCGGUUUAAGGGUCUGCGUUCUUGUCCAGGGUAGGAAGGUUCCCGACGAAGCCGCGACGUUAUCUGAGAUGGGAAUCUCUCACGGCGGAAAGUCUGACUUGGGCUUUAUGCUGGAGCCAACGUCCAUUCCUUCCGCGUCAACUGAGCAGGACGAUCCUCUCCUUGUCCUGUUACAUGCGGCGAGUGAGCCGAAUUCCAGGUCAGCUUAUGUUGUGGAUGGCGCGUGGACUCGUCCAUCAGCCGACAGUACACAGCAACAACAGCCAGAUGCUACAGCAAAUGUUUCAGUCCCGACGACUUCGCUGGGCCCUGCUCCUGAACAGCACAAUGACGCGUCCGCUGUGCCAACGAUGAAGCCAGAGGGAGAUCUGGACGACCAGGCUAAGCAGAACGAGUCGGACUCGACCUCGACUUUAUCUCAGGCCACCCCGUACAAGCCUCGGGUGCUCGACGCGAAGGCCAUAAUCCUCCACCCCGCGGUCGGAGUCGGGGUUGGAGUGGAGAAUGGUGGUGCUCAGGGGCUGGCUCUUGUUCCCAUGCGUCCAAAGAGCCACUCGCUGGAGAUCCACAAGCGGCGCAUAAGGAGGCCGUUUAGCGUUGGCGAGGUUGAAUCCCUUGUCCAGGCCGUCGAGCAGCUUGGAACUGGAAGGUGGCGUGAUGUCAAACUCCAGGCUUUUGAGAACGCCAAGCACAGGACAUACGUGGAUCUUAAGGACAAGUGGAAGACACUGGUCCACACUGCACAGAUCGCUCCCCACCAGCGCCGGGGGGAUCCGGUGCCUCAGGAGCUGCUGGAUCGAGUGAUCGCAGCCAACAAUUACUGGGCGGCCCAUCAGGCCAAGGAGCAGGCAGAACUAGAAGCUUAGUUCUCGCCGGGGCUUCGCGUGUAUAGAAGACGAAGAAGAAGAAAGAAGAAGAUCAACAGAGACAACGAUGAAACAAACAACCAUCCAACAAAAGAAGAACAAUUCCAUCCUUCCUUGUAAAGCGUACCUUCUCCUCCAAGUUCCCCGAUCCUGUAACAUUACUCCUCUCCACUCAAGAUGAUGAUGAAACAAAGAAGGCGUACCACCGUCCAACAAAGAUAUGCGAGGCUUACGUUUCUAGCGAGCAAGCAAGCGAUCAAGCGGCCUUCCAUGGUUUUUAAUUUGUAGAGGUCUGUUUUUCCAUUCCAUUGCCGCAGGUAACAUCCACCAUUGCUCUUCCUUUUUAGAGUUUCUUUCUUCUUUGCCUCUGACCUUUUUAGGAAGCUCCUUUGUACAUCUUUACAUAUAUUUGGUGAAUCAGAAAAUCUGUCGACAAAGUUUGAUGAAA